AUGACGAACACUUCACGCCGUGCGUUGGUCAUUGGAGGUGGACCUGCCGGAGCAUGUACAGCUUUCUGGCUUGCCAAAGGCGGCUUCCAAGUCACCGUCGCCGAGCGUUCCACGAGCAAAUUCGCAUAUGGACAAGGCAUUGACCUCACUGGUCCUGCGAUCCCGGUCAUUAAGAAGAUGGGACUGUAUGAAAAGAUCAGAGAGAAUACCACUGGAGAGGGCGGCAUGACUAUGGUUGAUGACAAUGCAAAUGACAUUGCUGCAGUUGGGACCGCACCCGAAGACGCCAGUACUGCUUCAUGGAUCCAGGAGAUUGAGAUAAUGCGAGGCAAAUGUACUGAGCUAUUUGCGGAGAGGGCACAGUCGUUACCGAAUGUGACUUAUCGCUAUGGAUGCACCCUUUCAGGGAUUCGAGAGAGUGACAGCUCUGUCACUGCGGUCUUGAGUGACAGCGGUGAGCAAGAGGAGUUUGCUUUCGUAAUCGGAGCCGACGGCCAGAAUUCCCAUGUCCGGUCGCUAAUCUUCGACCCAGAAAUCAACAAGGCUUGUCUCGACGCCAAGAACGUUUACACUGGCUAUUUCUCGAUGGCUGGGGACCCAGAGCACGAUCUUCCCAACUCGCGUGUCCAAAACAGUACGGGAGGCAGAGCAAUCUUUAUCCGGCCUAUCGACAGGGAAGGCAGCCGAGUCUCCUGCUACAUCAUUGCCGUAGGCGAGUACCCCGAGCUAGCAAAGCUCUCCGAAUCUGGUAGUGCUACGGAACAGAAAGAAGAGCUCGCGAAGCUCUUUGAAGAUUUUCCUGGUUUGGGCGAAAGGGCUCGGUGGGGCCUGCGAAGAGAGGCCGAUGAUUUCUACUUCACACGCAUUGUUCAGGUUAAGCUUGACUCGUGGCACCGAGGACGCUGUGGUCUUGUUGGAGAUGCCGGCUAUGCUCCCAGUCCACUCACGGGUCAAGGUACUACACUGGCGACUCUAGGCGCCUAUGUCAUUGCCGGCGAACUGGCUUCGAAUCUCGACAAUCCAUCAGCUGCAUUUGCGCAAUAUGAGAAGAAGCUCCACGACUACGUACGAAGGGAGCAGAAAAUCCCUUUCAGAGGCAAAGGGCCAGAGCUCCUCAAUCCUCAGACUGGAAUUGGAAUAGCUUUGGAAAGAAGUGUGUUCAAGGCGAUGGCGCAGUCCAAAAUCUGGAAACUGAUCGACAUUGGGAAAGACGAAGACUUUCCACUUCCAGAGUACAACUUUGGUUGA